AUGCCGACGGCAACACCGACCUUGCGGCCCUUGAGCUGCUGGAAAUCCCUCUUACGGCUCCCGAGACAGCAGAAGGCAUUAACCACGUCGAGGUCCUUAACUACUUACCGCAAACCCGUGCCCAAAGUGCCCGGAGCCCCUCACGUCAACAAACCCAUUACCAUCUAUCCCCCCAUCAAAUCCUUUGCCACCACCUGCCCCGAACCCAUCAAAACCCUCACCAAGACGCAAACCUCACUCCUCGACCCGACCGGCGCGCGCGCCCACCUCUUCUCGCGCUCCAACCCGGAAGCCGCCAAGGUGGGUGACAUCCUGCUCGUACGGCUGCGGACCGGUGACCCGUUCGCGGGCGUCUGCAUCAACAUCCGGCGGCGCGGCAUCGACACGGGCAUCCUGCUGCGCAACGAGCUGACGCGCGUCGGCGUCGAGAUGUGGUACAAGAUCUUCAGCCCGAACGUCGAGGGCGUGGAGGUUGUGCAGAGGCGGGAGAAGAGAGCGCGUAGAGCGCGGCUGACGUAUAUGCGCAAGAAGAAGCAUGAUAUGGGCAGUGUGCAGAAUAUUGUGCUGGCUUAUCAGAGGAGUCGGGGGUUGUUGAGGGGGAGCGGGAGGGGCGAGGAUAAGAAGAAGGGAGGGAAGAAGAAGAAUGUUAGGGGGAGGAAGUAG